ACAGAGGCCAACGACUUCGUUAUCAAUGAACAGAGCACGUCUUUUAUCGUCGAAGCAGUAAUUGUCAGUGAUUGUUUAAGUUUACAUGGGUUUCUAUGAAAGGAUUUUGUCGAAGAGUUAACAGUUUUAAAUAUGCUCGGCAAAGUUAUUGUGGCUUUUUUAGUGUGUAUUGUAUAUAUAGAAAUAUGUAGAAGCUGUGACAUAGAUCAAACUAAGCACGGAUGUCUGAUAAAAAAUUUAACGUGUACAUGUGGCGCAGGCUGUAUAUCAGAUUAUAGAUACGACACAAUUCAGGAAUGCCAAAGUGCAUUGAAAGGUAAAAAGAGAGAUAUAUGCAAAACUCACAACCCUUGUAUGCAUAAUGGAACUUGUAUUCAGAUUUCACAGCAUCCUGGUUACAGGUGCAGAUGCGAAGGGACGGGAUAUUUUGGAGCCCGAUGUAGUAGAGUUUGUCCUACUCCUGGUCAAGGAAGAGUUGGAACCGUCUAUCCUUACGAAUGUAUAGUGAUAUGAGAUUUACUUACAAAUUAGAAAAGAUUCUCCAUGUACAAAAAAUAAAAUACUCAACAAUAGU